AUGCUCACCAAAACUAGUAUUGUCUUUGCCUUCCUCGGCCUCGCUGCCGCUAUGCCUUCCCCUGCGGUUGCUGAAGAGGCUACUUCUGAGCUUGCGGGCCGCGCUAGCCCCUCGUCCGAGUUUGUCACUUGGUCCAACGGUGACUGUACUGGGACCGGGACACGCCAAAGCAUCACGGAUAGCGGUUGCCAUUACCUACCUGGCCAGAGCCUUAGCAUCCUCUCUUUGAGCCCCAACUGCGCUGUCCGUACUUGGCAGAACGACAAUUGCAGUGGUGCUUGGUCUCAGCACGUAACCCUUGGCGCGUGCUUCCAUAUCUCGGACAAGUUCGGCGUCUCAAUUAUCUGCUAG